GCAACAAAUAUUACACAGUCAUCAUCAACUAUCUCGAGUUCGAAUCCUUUUCUCUUCUCUCACACACUUGAAAUGUCGAUCUCGAAAGUCCUAGGGUUUCUGAUUCUCACCUGUCUACUGAUCGCUUCAGCGAUGGCUCAGUCUCCUUCUCCAGCUCCGUUCAUAGGCGGAGGAAGGCGUAUUAUCUCUCCUUCUCCGUCAAAAACACCGACUCCUGCAUCCUCCGUCGCGCCUCCUCCAUCACUACCUCAAGCGGAUUCUCCUUCCAUCGAUUCCGCAGCAGUGACUCCGUCUUCCAUCUCCGACUCGCCAUCAGAAGCUCCUGGUCCGUCACAGCAGAGCGACGCCGUUUCCAACCAAUACACUGUUUUCGCUGGAUCGAUGGCCGUUAUUCUAUGCGCUGCCGUUUUGGCUUUCUAAGCUCCAUGGACGGACAAACAAAGAAGCUUCUCUAAUGGAUCCACCCUCAUUUUUUUAUUUCAUAAUUUAGAAAACUACUAUGUAGGAAGAUGAUUCUUUUUUUUUUUUUCACUUUUUCACUUUUAACUCUUUUAAUUUGCCUCACCAGGAUUUGUACUGAACGUUGAUGUUCAGACUCUCAUCAAUAUAGCUUGAUUUAUUUUA